CAAUGACGGAAUGGUUUUCCUUGUACGUUCCUUGGUUGAGCUCUAAUGCAAGCUACUUUAAGAAAUACAAUAAAGGUCACAACGCGUAACCUUUCGCAAAAUUUUGCAUCGGCUUUUAGACGGAGGAAGUGAUGGGUUAUGUGGUUCGCUUCCUCAUUACAAUUGGGUGCUUUCAGAACAUCAUUGGAAGAGAUAUUCUGCUUUUGGAGGAAUCAUGCAGACGAACUUCGACGAUCUCGAUAUCGAGGGACGUAACCCUUCCCGUCUAUCCGAAGAGGAACGGGAAAAGGAAGAGCACGACCGAAAGCGCUUGAUGCGAAGCAGUGUUACGGCUGAAGAUGGAACAUUGAGACCAGUGUAUUCUCAUACGGAUGAUGGCGACAUAUGGUGUCACAUAUGCAACAUAGCGCUCUUUGGCUCCCACAAGUUGAUCAGCCACAACUCAUGCAAUCGGCACAAGAUAAAGUUAGAUGAAUGGCCCUAUCCAGUUUUGUUAUGGUCGAAGCGGUCAGACAUCGCGAAAAAGACGGCACCGGCCCCAGCUGUAGCCAUUCCGGACGUUCUGGCUCCAGGAGAACCUGUCCCACCGGGAAUGGAGGAUCAGUUGACCAGGACGACGGCCAUUCAAGUGAGCCUGGAUCGUCACAGAAGCUCGCCCUUGGUCGGCUUGGAAUACCUCCUUGAACUGGUUGAUAAUGACUCCUGCGAGCCAAGCUACACUUGUGUUUUGUGUGAUAAGCGCGGUGAUCCUCGUACAGUCAUGGCGCAUAUUACGAGUUACAACCAUCGCGUUACGUACCUGAACCGGCACUUUCCGACAAUAUCGCGUGCCAUCACCGAAUUGCCACGAACCCCGAACUUCAAACGUGGCGCUAAUGAAAUAUCCGUUAGCGUCGCGAGAAAGAUUGAAGAGCAUUUCGGCAGAUUGCAACCUCAGUUGGUGGAUAAAAAUCAAUUUGAGAAAAACAAAAUGCAGUAUAUCAAAAGAGUCUAUCAGGAUUUUCAUUUUAGAGAAACACCUGAGUUAACGUUUAUGGAAGUUUACGAUAUGCGAUGGGUUACGGACUUUGAAGAGAAGAUGGCUGAAAUGGCUGGUGGGUCGAAAAAAGGUGAGUAUAAUAAUUUGGUAAUGCUUCCAUAUGAAAGUCAUCUCUAUCUUGAUUUAUCUGGAAUUUUGCGUGAAGACGCACCAGACAUCGAAGAAAAACACGAAGAGAAGUUCAAGAAAGACGAGAAGAAGUUAGAAAAGUCCCUGUCCAAAUCGAUCCCGCCGAAACCAGAAGUGAAUAAAUCGACAUUCAAAAUACGUAUUCUCACCAAGGACAUGCGCGGCAUGGAAAAAUCUGAAGAAAAGCAAAAAAAGUCACCAGUACGACCAUCGGAUGACGUAAAAUCGUUGUCCUCCUUGUCAAGUAUUUCAAGCAGUCCAUCACCAUCGCGGUCUAGGUCUCGUUCACCCAGUAGAAGUAGAAAAGGCAGUUCCGCCGAUAAAAGCAGCAGAUAUCGUUAUAAACCGCGAUAUUCCCGAGAUCGUUCCCGUUCCCGUUCGCUGGAGCCGCUCAAGGAACGCGACAAAUGGGAGAAAUAUAGGGAUCAGAUAAGACGUGCUGAAGAGACCCUCGAUCGCGCUCUGAAAUUCCAUGAGAAGAAUCCUGAAAAGCAUCCCUCCUAUCCGGACGAGUGGAAAAAAUUCUGGAACAGAAGGUAUAAGGAACUUCAAGCAGAAGGUAAGGAUCCGAGUAAGCAUGACUUUAAACCCGAAUGGAUCGAGUUUUGGAAUAAAAGAAUGCGAGAGCUUCAUAACGAACAGCUACAACUACGGAAGGAAGAGAUUAGAAAGAGAUUAGAACUUCCGGAGGAUAAACCUCCAGAGAAGUGGACGUCUGCUAGUAAACGGGACCGGUCCCCGCCUAUCAAGCGAAGUAGACAUCGGGACAGUGAUGAUGACGUUGAAUACGUAGGAACGAAGACUGUCAAGCCUGAUUAUCAUGAGAGACAUGAGAUACGCGAAAGGGAUUAUGGGUAUUAUCGUGGAAGAGGGGGAAAUAUGUAUAGGAGUUAUUAUCCACGAGGUGUUCCAAGACCACGACAUUAUUCCGGCUCAUACAGUAUGAAGGACAAGUCUCCUUCACCGCCAAAGGAAGACGUUCUUUCAGAAGACUUAGAGAUCGUAGGACUUUUGAGACUGCUAACUGCAUUAGAGGGGCAACUUGGUUCUCUGGGGCCAAGGAUAGUAUCCCUACUUUCCAGAGCGUUGGCAGCUGAGAAGGUGAAACCAAAUUCAGCUGAGGAAUUGUUGUACGAUGAAGAAGUAAAUGUGCUUUUUGAGACUGUUAAAGAGAAAUUAAAAGGUCAGUUGUUUGCUGGCAUGAUUGAAAAAAUGGCUAUUACACCAACCAAAACCGCCGUGCAGAAUAUUGCACAACUUCUGCACAAAGCAGCAGAGAAUAAGAGAAAAAUGGAAGAAGAGAAAAAGAAGCAACAAGAACUCGCAGAAAUGUCAAAAUCCAUGUCUUACAUUAGUAGAUCUGUAUUUUCAAGAACCAUUGAUGUAAAUCCGAUAAAAUCAGAACCUGUGAGUGUACCUGGUGUUGGAUCUGUAGAUAAGGUCGCAAUAGCUCAACAAAUAGCUGCUGCUCUAGUAGCUCAAGGUAGAAGCAAUGUUUCUCAAGAUGAGUUAGAAACUCUAAUCAAUGCAGUAGUAGGAAUGGCAGAAGCAUCUAAACACAGUGAUAAACCGGUUACAACAGCUGAUUUCGUGAAAGGACUUACUGCCGCAAAUACCACACCUAAGCCAGUGGUAAUUCCAAAACCAGUGGCAGUGCUUGAUAAUACAGAAUUACAAGCAGCUAGAAUGGAAACUCUCUCGGAUAUGGAUCUCAAGAUGCUCUUACAGAAUUUCAAAGAAUUAGGAACAGACGAGCAGCACGGUCUAAUUAAUUUUCUGAAAAAAAUUGAAGCUACCGAUCCAGCCAGAGUUGAGAAGCUUCGAGGAUUCGUCAAUCUGGGCACUGCUAUACCAUAUCGAACCAAGUCGGAAUCGCCGGUUCCUGAACUGGAAGAAAUACCAAGAGCCGGUAGAAGUAGUUCACCCUUUUCUACCAGAAAAGGUGGUCAGAAUCCACCUGAUGAUGAGAACAAGUGGAAACCGAAGUUGGAUAUGUUUGCGGACGAGGAUGAAGAAGAGCAAAGAAAGGAACUUGAAAAAUCAAAACCCAAGAUCGAUCUCUCUGAUGAUGACGAUGAUUACACAUUCGAAGACAUUUACAAGGCUGCUGAUAAAAAUGUAAGUGAAAGGGAAAAGGCGAAAAAGAAAUCCCGUUCUUACUCCAGAUCCAGAUCACGUUCACCAAGAUCCUGGUCCCAUUCCAGAUCCACCUCCAGAUCACGUACAAAGUCCCCUACUUCAAAACCUAAGGACAUCAUCAAGAACAGUGAUCCCAAUGCUAUUUUAAAUGAGACUAAACGAUUGAUAGCUAACAUCAUGGGCGACCUGCCGAACAAGUAUGUGCCAAAAUGUCACAUUACUCCAAGUCCAGUUAAGGAAGAUAUUGAAACUUUGAGUGGAAUGCAAGCAAUUCCAGAUAUGGGACCACCAGGAUCUAUAAACGUAACAAUACCGAAUCUUUAUACUCAAGGUUAUGGACAGAACCCGCAACAAACACCUCAACAAGCUCCACCGCAAAUGUCCUAUCAAGCAAUGCCUGGACAGUUUCAAAAUUAUCAACCACAGCAACAAAUGUUUGAUAGUAAUUCUGGCUACAUGAAUAACGGAUAUAACUAUAAUCAGGGAUACUCUAAUAUGCCUACUCAAGGCCAAUACAAUCAAGCCUCUAUGCCUAAUCAAUAUCCACAGCAAGUAUACGGUGGAGCACCCUAUAGCGGAACUCAAUCUAGUACUUCAACAACAUAUCCACAACAACAACAGCAACAGCAAUACGGAAAUUACACUCAACAACGUUUCUAUUGAAGGAAUAUGCAUAGUGUGACUUUCUAUUGAAAGAAAGAACAAAAUGGACAAAGUAUGCGAAUUCAUCGGUAACCGAUCUCCGUUUUAGAUCGUGGAAUCACAUCUAGUGCUAUAGUAUGAAUUUUCAGUCGAUAACUUUUAAGGGGGUGACUUGGUUGUAAAAUUUGAAUUUGUCACAAGUAGCAACGAUAAAGAUUUCCAGGUUGAAAACUGGAAAAUAUUUUUGUGCAAUUCCAUGUGAAUUGUGAAAAAUUUAUGAAUGCUACAACAUAAAUUCCUCUAAUGCACAUAAAGGCAGAUCUUUAUAAUAACUUUUAGUAAAAGAUAUUUUUUUUAAUGGCUGUUCCCACAAAGACGUAAUAUUGUAUAAAAACCAUCACUCCCAUCGCCCGUAUUUAUUUGAUGAAAACUCAACAAUUGAGCAUUUAACGUGCGACAAGUCUUUGUCAGAUAAACUUACUUUUUUUUUCCAGGUAUCUACUUUAAUAUUAUUAACCGAGAAUUACAUUCUGCGGGAAAGUAUAAAUGGAAUUUUAUAUUGGUCUAAACUUUUGUACAAAAGCGUACUUGCUGCAGAUUCAUAAAUAAUUAAUUAUUAAUAUGCGUACUUGGCGGUUAAAUAAAUGUUUGAGAUGUUUGAAACGUUUGGAAGCUACUAAACAGUGUACUCGUUUUUAUACAAUCAAACGGAUGAAUGACAUGUAUUAUGUUAUGUUAGACAUAGAUUAUAAAAUCCUAUUACCUAUUGCCUAGAAUUAGGUAAUAUACGAUAUAAUUUGAAUGUAUCAUAAAAAACAGAUAGAUACAAAUAUAUGAACAGAUCUUUUAAA